AUGCCGCGACAGAAACCAACAAGAAAGAAAGGGAAGGAGAACGAGGACGGGUGGGGUGGGUGGCGGCGUUUGGUACCCGCCAUCCGCCGCCCCGGCGUCUGCCAACGCGCGGCCGCUCUGGCUUGUCACGUGUUGGCUCAAUGUGCCGCCGCCGGGCGUGGGAGUAGCAGAGGCAGGGCCGUUCGGUCCGCGAGAGGUCUGGACAUGUUCGCCGCCAACGCUGCGAGGGCCCUGAUGGACGCCUUGAGGCCGGACUCGGAGGCGGAAAAGUGGGAGGCUGGGCAGCUGGACGAGGACGUCAAGCUACCCUUUGGCGCCAGGGCACAGGCCGCUUCUGCGCUCCUGUCUCUGCUGGAGGGACGCUACGGAGAGUCCGCAGCCGAGAGCGAGCGGUCCAUCGUGGAAUGGGCCCAGAGACUGAAGCCGGAGGAGCGCCUAUCGGCGCCCCUGCCGCUGCUCUUGUCCAUCACGGCCACGCUGUCCCGCCCUCCGGCCCACGUCAUCAACCUAGCAAGACGGCCCUUCAGAUGGAAGGCAGUUUCAGAUUCGGCGAGGCGGCAGGGAGUGUGGCUGCACCGGCACGAGGCUGUCGACUGGAAGGCUGUGGAGGCUUCGUCCAUGAGUGCGAAGGGGUGGAUCAGCGACAAGGAGGUGGCCUUGACUUGGGCCACGGAGCUCAACACCAUCUACGACAAGGACUGUGAAAAAGAGACCACCCACGUCAUGCAUCCUUCGGAGCGAGCGUGCGCCGCGAGCCACUUGGACCUCUGGAGGCGCCAUCGAGACUCGAAGCUGGCGCCCUUUAUGCCGGAGGUGCACCCUGACGCCGUUCUCAUCCUCGAAGACGACGCCAAGCUCGAGCCCGGGUUCUUGAAGGCUGCCAAGGCUACAAUGCUACAGGCUGCAGCCAUGGACACAGUGCGGAAGAAGAAGUCGAUCGGGCUCUCCAAGGAAUGGGACAUCAUCUACCUUGGCCACAUUCUCCCCGUUCCCAUCAUGGACGGCAUAGCCAGGGCCUCAAAAACCAAGAAAAACGCGGCCAACGGCAACGGCGGGGUGGAAGAAGGAGGAGGGGCGACGGACACGGCAACCACAACGGACGGGGCGCCAGCAGGGGACACCGCCGCCGCUGGUGCUGGUGCUGGUGCUGCAGCGGCGGCCACCGCUCUGGGGCUCGUGGUCGCCCCCGUGACGUUCGCCUGGGGCCUGCACGCCUACCUCCUCACCCGCCCGGCGGCAGCUCGCCUGGCCAACAGCCUCCCGGUGUCCGCCCCCGCAGACAUCUUCGUCGCGAGCAUGCUGACCAGCACCGACAGCGGCAGACCGGUGCUGGCCGGCCGGGCCGUGCUGCCGGCCCUUGCAACGACGGCGGGCGGCGGGGGCGCCGGAGAAGCGGCGCUAGCGGCGGCCCUUGGCGGGGGGGGCGGCGCCGCCGGCGACGAGAACGUCGGAGACGUGGUGUCCACCGGGACGCGCAGGGCGGGAGCGGCCCACGGCGUUCGGCUGCCGCCGGGGAAGGGACCGGGGGCGGCGAGUCGGGGCCGGAGGAGCGGCGGCGGUGGCGGCAGUGGGGGUGCGCCGUGA